GGUUAACAUUCCCACCGCUAGCAUCGCCGAGUUAUCCGGAGCAUCGGCUGUGACAACGAUUGGCGCCUUUAACGUGUGUGGUUUCUCGAAGUCAAUACUGCGGUUGAUACAGCAAUCCCAUUAUUGAUACCGUGUGCUGUGCAGCGCUGCCCAUCUCGCCGCUGCCGUAUCUCACGCUGCUCUGCAGGCAAAUCUAGAACUUGACCCAUGACCUAAUCCAACUGUAUCACGUCUCCCAACACAUUUCUUUUCUACUUCUACAUACACUUGUUAAAUGUUGAAGAACUUGUUCGCUCACAUGGCCGGAUUCUUAUCCUUACUGUCCCAGCCAUCGUCGGGUCUGAUUACCCCUCCUAUCACCAAUUUCUAGGUCGUCACUGCAAGCUGCGCGCACUCCGCGUCCUUCUGAUCGACGACGCGGGCUAUCUCUCGGAAACAAGAGCUAUUAUACUAUCCUGGACUUGAGUGGAUACGCCCUGUCAAAACUGCAUCCUGUGCUCCCUCCUUCGUUCCACGAUGGGAAAUACUGCCACCAAAGAGGCAAGGCCCCCGGUGGGAACGUCUGGGCGAAGUGGCCAUGGACGAGGUUCAUCUGGCGGUGCUGUGACGUUCGGAGGCCAUAGUCGUUUUCAUAAUCAAUCGGACGGUUCACAUCCCGGAGGCUCACCAAGGCACUUCCGUGGGAGUCGACCGGAUCUUUCGUUUCUCGGGAUUGGACCAGCGGUUGAGAGAGACACAGUUGUUGAGCGAAAGGAAACAAAACAGGAGAGGGAUGCUAGACGACUAGCAAGAGAACGAGCUGUAAGAAUUAAGGAACGGGAACGCAGCAUGAGAGAAGAGCACGUGGAUGGUGGUUAUUUGGUGACACAAGGAGUUUAUACUGGUACUGAGGAUUUCAACAAGGCAGUUGUGCGCCAAUUAAUGAUUGAGAGAAGACUUGCCCCUUUUUGGAAAGGUUUAGAGGAGUUUUCAGAGUCGUGGACGGAGCACCAGCUUAUGGCUGCGGCUAAGGGUCUUCCGAUUCCCGCUCCUGACGAAAUCCCGCCUGAAUUAGAAUAUAAACUCACCCCGCCGCGGCCACCAGAGGAACGGGACUUACCAGAGCAAAAUCUAAACAACUUGACGGUUCCUAUAACCUCCAGGUCGCAGUCGUACAAUUCCGAUACCUCUUUCAGUGCCCAUCCAGUAUCUCCGUCCAUUUCUCUUCAGCCUCAGCUCUCCCCCAGUGGUUCAGGCUCGCCAGGUCCACAUCUCUUCCGUGGGCGAGCUAAAACUUUGGCCUCCCCGACGGCAUCGUCUAAAAAUAGCUCACUAGGCGAGAUGUCCCCUCGAGAAAUACAGCUUCCCAAGGACCCAUUUGUCAAUGGCCAACCAAUUGAAGCGUACCUCUAUAAGAACCCGAUUGAAUGUCCGAUAUGCUUCCUUUUCUAUCCCCCAUAUCUCAAUAGAACUAGAUGUUGUGAUCAAUUAAUCUGCUCGGAAUGUUUUGUACAAAUCAAACGCGCCAAUCCCCAUCCUCCCGAACAUGAGCAUCGGGAUUCCAGCUUACCACCACCCCCUGAUCAACCAGAGGGGCAAUUGAUCUCCGAACCAGCUGCCUGCCCCUUUUGCGUUCAGCCAGAUUUUGGUGUUUCCUAUGUACCACCCCCAUUCCGAAGGGGCCUUAGCUAUCUCCCGAGUAACGGCCUGAAUAAUACUUUAACCUCUCCAGCGUCGUCCACAUCGUCCGUCGCGUCUAGAAAUGCCAAUCCCCAAUCAAUAACCACACGAUGUCGUGCUAAUUCGCUAUCUGCAAAUUCCCCAACUGUUAUUACGACCGAUAAGAUUCGACCCGAUUGGGCUCAAAAACUCCAAAUGGCACGGGCACAGGCGGCCAGGAGAUCAGCUGCUGCAACUGCGUUGCAUGCAGCUGCGUAUGUUAAUGCAAUGAGCAACCCCAGUGAAUCUAGAGGUAUGGCAAGCAGCAGUAGACGUAUGUUGCGACGAACAACUGGUCAUGGAUCGGAUAGUCCAACUAACAUUGCCGGCUCUGUUGCUCUUUUGGCGGAGCGACAAGCCACUGCUGCAGACCGUGAAAAUGAUCCCCUUGCAGAAAGCACGUUUAAUUUAGCGCCUGCACGCGCAAGCUCUCGACGAAGCCGGGUGGACGAACUUGAAGAGAUGAUGAUGAUGGAAGCCAUAAGACUUAGUCUCGCCUCCGAAGAAGAAAGACGGAGAAAGGAAGAGAAAGAGGCCAAGAAAGAGGCCAAACGGCGAGAAAAGGAGGCUAAAAGGGCGGAAAAACUUGCGAGGAAGAAUGCCCUUUACAGCAAUAACCCUAGCUCUGUGGCUCUGGAUGCUGCUGGAAAUAGCACAGGUAGACCUGACCGCGAACCCCCGCUUCCUGUUACUGUACAUGAGCCGUCGAACGACAAAGGAAAGGCUGUUGACCGUCCUGCAUCCUCAUCCGAACCUCUGCACAAUGACCCCCAACCCCCUAGUUUACCCGCGCUACACAUAAGGCCCUCUGAAGACGAUGACCUUUCCUCCGUAUUCGCUCCGUCAUCAGCUUCAGCAGCAAAUCGAUCGCAUCUCCGACAUCUUUCGAGCACGUCAUCUUCCAAUUCAUCGUUGGUCGAGUCUACCUCAGGGGAACUGAUAGGAUCCACCUCCGCGCCCAAUUCCACUAACUCGGCUAUUGAGCCCGUAUUAAAUUUCAGGAGCCUCGACGCUGUGAUUGGCGACGAGGACAAAAGUUGUAACGAACAUCUUGAGGGAGUAACGAGCGCGAAAGAGACUCAGCAACCAUCCACUGAUGAUGCAACUCGUUCCUCCACCAAUCCAAAUCUAGAACCGGAAGUAGAGCCGGCGCCCAGCGAGCACGUGUCACCUGUGCAAGAAGGGCCAGGCCUCAAUAAGGAUGAAGAUGGUUUUGGCGACAAAGAGCUGCAGUCGCAUUCUUUGGAAAUCACGUGUGAAGGUAGUGCGAACAUGGAAACAACAGGCUAAAAGUAAUUUCCGACUUGAAUCCGAAACCAGAUGAUGUGAUGGUAAAUUGCCUCCCCUCAUUAUUUUCGGUCUCCGCUCUCCGAAAUACUUCCCGCUCCCCAUCUCCACCUCACUCCUCUCUCCCCGUCAUCGUACCUUUUCUUACCGGAUUUCCAACCUCCAACCUCCCAUUCCCUCGCCUACAAACCAAGAACUUAACCUUGCUUUUAUGUCACCGUUAUGAUAAAGACUGGAACGGACAACGUAUGCAUCCAUUUAUGUAAAGCACGAAGCCACUUGCCUUUUUGUCUUCUUGUUUAGCUCUGUUUCCCUCGUUUUCCCUGUAUUGCCCCCCACACCCACCCACGCCUCCUCCCUUUUUUAUGAUAUCUGUUGGUGGGUUUUGCCUUUUGUCUUAUGUCUUCUGUUGUUUCAUGUAGCAGCUCCCCAAGAGUAUCUCCUUCCAUUCCUUCUAUUUGUUAGCUUUUCAAUGUUCCAUCCAGGUGGCAAAACUCCCGAAUAUAGUAGUAGCCUUGGUGCAGCCCGUUUCACUACUUUUUUCCUUCUCACGACUUUUUUACAAAUCGCUGUUGCUCGGCUUGAUGUUUUCUGACUUUUUUUUUUUUUUUUUUUUUUUUUUUUUUUUGUUCUCUUUCUGGCGACUUUGUACAUGUACAUGCAUACAAAGAUAGACACUGUCUGCUACUCUUGUGAAUGGAAACUUAACCAGUUUCCUAUCCAUGUCUAGUAGUUUUCUAUGUGAAAUGAAUUCAUCACAGAGUGACUAACAAGCAUCAAUCAGAGUUUCAUGAACUUAUAUGAUGAUAGCAUUUACCCCAGGGUCAGACAAUGAACUGAAUCUCAUUGAAAUUUUCUACAAUGGUAUGAUUUAUAUCAAUAGUUCUGUGCAGUGAAUGAAUAUCUUAAGUUAUAAUGAUCAAAUUUCAGUUAUAUAGAAAUUAAUAUCUAUUCUCUGCUAUUUAAAUUUAUGAUCCUUUUUUUAAUAUCAUGACUCGUGUUAAAUAAGUACUCUGCCAAGAAGUCUGAAAUUCAUGUCAAGUGGAAACAAGCCUGUAUACCAAAAACUGAAUCUAUAAACAUCUCAACCUUCCCUGGACUCCUUACUAUGUAACAUGUGGUUUCC